GAACAGCAGUAAUGGAGCUUCAGAGUUGGCUGCUUUAUCACCUUGUGGCCGUGAGUGACUGUAAUCAAGUUUAUUGAGUUGAGUUAUCCUAAGUUUCGGACACCACCGUACCAUUAGUUAAGUUUUGUUUUCAUUACUUAUCUCACGGAGGAUAUUACCGCGAGAGGUGCAUCCAAGUUAGACGUGAUACAGUCGGCGGCCACGGGUGGGGAGUUGUACCCGGUGACCGGCACCAGCAAAAUGCCGUCGGAGGUAGACGCGGCAACGGCCCCAGCCUCGACGGGCAGCCGGGCCCGAGAUUUGGGUCUGCGGGCCCAAAAGAAGCUGCUGGACCGUUUCGCCGCUUCCGCGGCCGGCCGGUCCCUGCUCAUCGACGACACGACGGCGUCGCUCCUCGACAACCUGUACAGGCUGAUGGACCGGGCCGCGCGCGCCAGUCCCCGCAUCGACAAGAAACAGCCCGAGAAGGUGCUCAAGAACAUCGUCAAGCUGUCCAUCAAGAUCGGCCUGCUGCACCGCAACCAGCAGCUCGGCCCGUCGGACGCGGGUAACCUGGAGGAGAUCCGCCGGGCCCUGCACUCGACCGCGAUGGUCGUGCUGUCGUUCUACGAGCUCGAGUUCAGCUACGAGCGCGCCUACCUGGUUAAGUCGCUGGAGCGGUGUCGAGCGGCAGUUCGCGCCCUCAUAAAGCCCCACCUGACCGAAAAAUCCCGGGAGCGGUGCGAACAGGUAUUUGACUUUCUCGUGCACCCGGACUUUCUCGAGGCCGUCUUCGCCAACGACUCCGAGCUUAGACCCGUACUCGGUGCCCUCGUCGGUGACAUCAACAAGGCCCUCGAGACCGGAGAGCUAUGAUGAGGAUGGUAACGACGAGCGGUUGUACCUUUUGCGCGAUUGGAUGGGGAUUUCGUUUCCCCAGCUCGAGCUAUGUAAGGGAUAAGGGGGGCUGGGUUUGCAUUUCGAGGAGAAAUCCAAUGAAUUUUAAAAGUAUCGGCGAUACCGAUUUUGUGACGGUCACUCGUUUCGAGUGUACAGAGAAAUCCGAUGGCGUUGUUGCGAAGGUUCAAGAAAAGUAUUGAAAACUUUUUGUUAAACCUUGCGUGCUUUUUAAGGACCAACAACGAAAUGUUGGUCCAACGAUGAUAUUUUGUGAGCAGAGAUCGUCAUCUUUGAAACCGAUGAUGGUCAACGCGAAAGUAAAUUUUUUGAUUGCUCGACUCGAGUGUUUUUAACAAUGUAAUUAUUACUUUAUUGAUUUCACACGCGUAAAUAUGUAGUGCAUAUAUUGCAAAAUGUGUAGUAUUUGUCAGACUGGCGUGGUGUAUUAUAACGUAUAGAGCGAAACGGUACUUUUUUUUUGUUUGAUCAGUCGAGUUGCAGGGACAUUAAAAUGGGCGUGAUAAAAAUAAAUAAAUAAAUAAAACGAGCACUAUUAUACACGUAAUGGUUUGCUGGACAAGCCAGAGUGUUCACGUGUGAUGUUUACUCAAAAACACAACCAAUGACCAAAUAUUUUCGAGUGCAUAUUGAAAACCAGGUUGUUCGAUGUACAAAGUAAAGUCUUAACAAUUCACAACCGAGAAAUUUUUUCAUUAAUAUGUCAAUUGAUGAAUCACCAAACAUUUUUCAUUUUAUUUUUGUUGAUAGCGUAUUUAAACACAAUACAGGCGAUAAUGGCGAUUUGGCGCUGUUUAAAAAAAAAAAAGACAAUCUUAUUGCAUGCACAUUUAAGUUUCAAACCACUAGAAAAUACAUAUUGUCGGAUACUUAUAGUACCAUACUAGUUGCUAUCAUUGCGCCUUGAUCCUUCCGAACUACUUUAUACUUAAUUGCUGAAAAUGAAAUGCACAUGUUGGGUCAACAAUUUUUUGAACGUGGUCAUUUUUUUCUCUCUGCUUUGGUAAAUAGAACGUUGUAAAUAUCUUUAUUUCUG